CUUGCACUACCACUUUCAUUCUUCUUAAACCCGGGCCUGCAACGGUUUCCGUCCUUUCAUUAACAUAACAAUUUCAAGUCUCUCAUUCAUAAUUAUACCCUCUUUCUCAUUCACAAUGUGGACUACCCUGCGCAACACCGCUCUCUUCACGGCGGUGGCCAUCCAGCCCUUGACGGGCGCUGUUCCUGUUGAGAACGGUCUCGUUCGUCGUGCUUACCAGCCCAAGACGGUCGAUGUGAAGAUGUCUGGAAGGUUCCGCUAUAGCCUGCUCCAGGAGGUCGAUAACCCCGACAACACCGAGUCUUCGUUCAAGCGGACUAUCGACACGUCCUACGAAAUUGUGCGAUCAAACUUCCUGGAGGAGACUAGCUCGCAGACCAAGACGGAGUCUGAAUCCGUCAGCUCCGGAAUCGAGCUUGGUGCCUCGUACGGCGUCGCCGAAGCCAAGGUCAGCGCGGGUAUGGAGACUUCCUCGCAGCUGGAAACCGCCUUUUCCAGCGUCAAGCAGAUCUCGACCCAGGAGACGAUCAGUGAGAAGAAGUCGACCGAACAGUCGUUCACCGUCGGCAAGGGCGACAGCUACAAGAUCUACGAGCGUAUCUUCGAUGGCCCCGGAAUUACCAUCCACACCGACGCUGUCACUGGUGGAUCCGAGCCGAAGGAGGACACUGAGGUUGAAUUCACCGUGACCCUCAAGCAGAACCGCUUCCUUUCUGAUAUCAAGGUCGAGACUGGCGACAGCGAGUUCAGCGAGCCCAACGAUGCUAUCAGAAUGGUCGACAACGGCAAGGCCGAUGUGAACAAGGGCUAUGGUGGAGACUAUGUCUGGCUUGUCCCCGUCUGGACUACCCAGGUCGAAGAUGCCGCUUCCAACGUGCAGGUUGUCAUCCAGGAGAGCGAGGAGGAGGGCCACGACGAUCUUGCUUCCGGUGCCGGUGGCGAUUACCGCUACUUGCUCCCCCAGCCUCAGGAGAACAACUCCAACAAGAUCACGGACGUUCAGCUGUACCGCUCUGAGGAUUCGCUGUCUUCUGACGCUCUUGGUGACAUGGGCUUCCAGGGCAUGUCCUCGGACAUCAACAAGGACCGCGACGGCGACUACCUCUACCUUCUGUGGAAGACCAUUGAUGUUGACGCCACCACCGUCCGUGUUUAAACGGUUGACAUGGAUGAUGAUGUUCAUUUCGGAUAUUUCGUUCUGGUUGGACUAUUAUUCUAUGGAUUUAGACAUUACGUGAUUUUUUUCUUUGACGACCGAUAAUCAGCUUUUCAGCUCGUCUUUUUGAAUAUAAUAUUUUUGUAUAUGAUGAU